CUGCAGUCGCUCCUUCCCUCACCAUCCAACCAGCCUCCCUCCUGCUGUCACCACCACGCAUAGAGACAAGCAGAUCAGCCGGCUCCUGCUCUCCCGCACUCAGUCUCACUAGACGCCGCUCUCCGCUGCGCACGCACGCACACUCCUCGCUCCGACAUGGCGUGUACCAGGCUGCUGUUGGUGCUAGUCCUCAGCUGUGUGCUCUUCACCACCUCAGAAUCAGCAAGCUGCUGUCUGAGGUACUACCAGCGACCUGUACGCUGCCACCGAAUGAUCGGAUUUACCAUUCAGACCAUCAGCUCCAGCUGUGACCUCCAAGCCGUCAUCUUCCACACCAAAGACGGCAGGUUUAUGUGUGCCGACCCUGCCAAGAAGUGGACAAUGAGGGUGUUACAGUGCUUGCUGAGUAGGAAGACUGACUGAAAUGUUCCUGGUAUGGAACUACAAUUCACAAAGUCUCUGGAGCAGGGGAUCCCUCAACUAAUUGCUCCCCCAAGAUUUCUUCAAUUUCUUCUUGGGAGUUUUUCCUUGUCUUCCUUGAGGGUUUAGGUUGGUCGAGGGGCAGUUCUGCUGGCAUACGCCAAGCCCUCUGUGACAUUGCUUGCGAAAAGGGCUAUCCAAAUAAAUGUUGAUUUGAAUACAUUGCACUAUACAUUGCACCUUACAAUACAGAUGAACUUACUAUGCUGAGAAAAAAAGAGUAUAGUAUUUUUAUUUGGUUUGAAACUUGAUUUUCAAUGGGACUUCUGUUGGUCAUUACUUUAUGUGCAGUUUUACUUUGUAUGUAUUGCUCUGUGUAAUUAAUAGAUCUGUUUCAUAAACAGAAUACUGUAUUCAUAAUAUGAAUAGUAGACACAAAGAUAUGACUGUUGACAACAUGAAGACUUUUGUGUUUGCUGUAUACCACAAGUUGUGUUAGUAUGGAGUCAGAGGAAUGUGGAACACUUGGAUAUAAAGAAAUAUGUUGUCUCGUAUUCAUGUUUUGUCUGUAUGUAUUACAUAACAUUUAAAUGUAAUCAUCUUUCUGUAAAAUCACUAUGUAAUUUUUUCUACUAAUACAGCAAAGCAUACGUUCUAUUUCAUUAACAUUUUCAGUACAACAACAAUCUAAAGUUUGUUUCCACUCCUUCGCAUUCAAUGAUCAUUCCUUGAUUUCUGUCAUCCUGAACGUAAAAAAUAAACACAAUUAUCAACAGCAUGAAAA